AUGGGAUACCACCAGGCGAUCAUCAUCGGGGCCGGUCCAGCCGGUCUUGCAGCCGCAUUACGCCUGCAUCAACAAACAGACAUAAAAUGCACCGUGUACGAGCUACGCUCUGAACCCACAACACUAGGCGGUGCAGUUGGAAUUCAGCCCAACGGCCUACGCCUUCUUUCCCGUCUUGGCGUCUACGAAAAGGUCCUUGCCCGAGGCUUCGGUGGCUCCAAUAUCACUCUACACUCCUUACAAGGCCGUACCAUCGGCUCACUAGACCACGUCGGCUGGGCGCGUGAACAAAUCGGCUUCGGAUAUGUGCGUAUCAAACGGACUGAUCUCGUGGACGUCCUCCUUGAGUCAGUUAAUGAGGCUGGAAUUGAUAUCCGUUUCGAUAAGAGGGUCACUCAGAUCGAUGAUGGUGCUGACGGCGUGACUGUCACUUUCAAAGAUGGCUCGACUGAUACGGCGGAUAUGUUACUUGGAUGUGAUGGGAUCCACUCGUUUAUUCGACGUUCCUGGGUUGAUCCUGCUCAGACUUCUGAAUAUUCUGGCCUUUCCGGUCUGGGAUCGGUCAUUGCGGAUUCGGAUCUAAGCCCUGAAACAAGGGCACAGACAUUAGGGCUUGAGGUUACAAUGACCGAGGAAGGAAUGAUUGCUGCCACGAGGUGUACGCAGUCUACGGGUGACUUGUACUGGUUCUUCACCAAGGAAGUCCCCAUUCCUGCCUCGGGAGAUCGGGAUGGGUGGGAAGUACAGGGCAAAGAUGAGGUGGAAGGGUUCAAGGCGCCUCUUCUUAAGAUCCUGGAAAAGGCCCAAGGUGAAUGGGGAGAUUCUCUGAGGGAGAUUAUCAGCAAGACUUCUGUUGUCAAGUUUUAUCCCAUCCAUCGCCUUCCUCCUGGUGGCACUUAUUCCAAGGGCCGGUGUAUCCUUGUCGGUGAUGCCGCUCAUGCGAUGUCACCGCAUGCUGGGCAGGGUGUUUCAAUGGCUCUGGAGGAUGUAUUUCUUCUAACGCGCUUGCUGAAAGACCAUUUUCGACCCUUAGACCAGGUGCGGGAGAGGUAUGACGAAAUUCGCCGUCCAAGAAUCAAUGAGAUCUUCGAUAUGGCGGCCGAUAAUGGGAAAUCACGGAAGAGGACGGGGCCCUGGGGCUUGUGGCUCAAGGAAUCGGUUGCUUCGAUUGCUCUAAAUAUGUCAUGGGCUCUGGGGGUAGAGCGACUCGGCUUUAAACAGAAGCACUUGGUCUACGACAUCGAUGAAGUUGAGCUGUGA